AUCACGAGUUUUGAACAACUGUUUGAUAUUUAUUUUGUAAUGAUCUCUCAUGUUUUCAGUUAUUUUUAAAUCUCAUGCUUUCUCAUGUUUUUAAUGACUCAAAUUUCAUGAUAUAGAAAUUUUAGGUCUGGCAACACUGAUGAGAGUCCUAUUGCACUGCAGCAUCAGCUGUUAUCUGAAAUUGAAGGUCUUCCAAUCAAUUGAGGAAGGAAUAAAAUUUGUAUUGUAAACUCAUUUAAGUCGCAAUUUAUCCAGUUCGCAAAUCUUAUUCACUAACAGCUCCUGGAGUAAACAGGAUAAUUUAUUUGUUAAAUUUCUGAAGUGUUAAUUCGCGAAAUGGCAGACAUCAAAGCCUUGGAACAUCCUACUUUAAAGGUGCCUUACGAGAUUCUAAAUAAGAAAUUCAGAAUGGCUCAAAAAAGUUUAGACAGGGAAGUCUCACAUGUCCAGCAAAGUGUUGCUGAAGUGGAAAAAUGCCUUUCAGGAAAAGAAGUUAAAGCCAGUGAAAUAACCCAUCUAUUAGGUGGUGUGGAGGAGAAACUUCAAAUUCUAAAGCGUAAAGCUGAAGAAAGCAUUGCGGAAGAAAUGAACGCAUCCAAUGUUUGCAAAAGGCGUUUGGAACAUCUUAAGGACCAUUCAACACAUACUGGAGGUACUUUAACUAAUUGGCGUAGGAAAAGAUUGGACAGAAUGGUAAUUGAGUAUUUUUUGCGCCACGGAUUUUAUCAGUCAGCUGUUUUACUUGCUGAACGCAGUGAAAUGAAAGAAUUUACAAAUAUCGGUUGGGAAGUCGAGAAAUCCCUAAAAGAUCAUGAAACCCAUAAAUGCCUAUUGUGGUGCCAUGAUAAUCGGUCAAAACUUAGGAAGCUCAAGUCAACAAUGGAAUUUAAUUUGAGAGUCCAAGAAUUUAUCGAACUGAUUAGAAAAGAUCGCAGAAUAGAUGCUAUUAAGCAUGCCCGUAAACAUUUUCCAGGGUUCGAGGAGGAACAUCUAGACACAAUACAGAAAGUUAUGGCUUUAUUGGCUUAUCCAACAGACGUUGAUAUCGUACGUUACGCCUCGUUAUUUGACAUCAGAAGAUGGGAUGAUCUAAUCAAACAAUUUCGUCAAGAAAAUUACAGAUUGUUCCAGCUGGCUUCACAGUCAGCAUUUACAUGUUAUUCAGAACAUAAUGCAACCAGAAAUCCAGCCUGUCCAGUUUGUAAUGAGGAUUUGAAUAGUCUUGCUGAACCUCUUCCAUUUGCUCAUUGCUCACAAUCUAGGCUGUAUUGUCAUAUAACAGGAUUACCUAUGAAUGAAAAUAAUCCACCCAUGAUGUUGCCCAAUGGUUAUAUUUAUGGAGAACAGGGUUUAACCCAAAUGGCCAAAGAGAAUAAGGGCCAAGUGAAAUGUCCGAAAACUAAAGAAGUUUUUCCCUUCAAAAAAGUGGAGAAAGUGUUUGUUAUGUAAAGUAAAAAAUAAUGUUCUAAAUACUUUAUAUUCAUAUUCAUAUUCAUAUUCAUAUACUUAUCGGGCUAGUAAUAUAAGGCUUAAUCACUA